UUCCGACAGUUUUCUUCGAAUGAUACCUCCGAAUGCCUCCAUCUUAGUUUACUAGUAGUUGUGAAUAGUUGUAAUAUUUUUUUCACGCGUUUUCUUCGUUUUAUUAAGCCCUUAAAACAAAAUAUUAAAAUGGCUAAUGCUACUGGAAAGAAUGAUAACUUUCGUCGUACGUGGGACAAAGAUGAAUACCAGAAAAAAGCGAAAGAAAGACUCAAAGGAGAAGAGGACGACGAACCUUCUUCAUUCAAACGACAUCCUCCAGUCAAAAGAGAACUUUUAAAAAAGAGAGAAUACGAUGUUGACCUCGAAUCCAACUUGGGAAAAUCAGUUGUUAUUACUAAGAACUCUUCUAUGUCUCAGAGCGGUGGAUACUAUUGUAAUGUUUGUGAUUGUGUUGUAAAGGAUUCCAUCAACUUUUUGGAUCACAUUAAUGGCAAGAAACAUCAAAGAAAUCUGGGAAUGUCGAUGAGAGUAGAGAGAUCUAGUGUUGAUCAGGUGAAAAAGCGUUUUGAACUGAACAAAAGGAAAAGAGAGGAAGAGAAACAGAGCAAAGAUUAUGAUCUGGAGGAGAGGUUGGCUAUCCUUAAAGAUGAGGAAGAGCAGAGAAAACAACAAAGAAAAGAGUUCAAGAAAGAAAAGAAAAUGAAAGUUCAACACGAGGCAGAGGAAGGUGUUGAUCCCGAGGUUGCAGCCAUGAUGGGUUUCUCUGGGUUUGGAGGCACCAAGAAAUGAAUCAUUAUAAUAUGCAUUACGUUAUUAAAAUACUAAUAGGAAGAUAAGUCGGUUGGAGCACUUUGCCUCCCCUCCUUAUUUCAAAAAGGCAUUUGUCACUGUUYGCAAUGGACAAUGCUAACAAGAUGGCGCAGCACAACGACGACUACAUACGUAUUUGCCAUGAAUUCCACCCACUUACAAAUUCGGGUCUAAUAUUCGAGUUUCGAUUCUUCAGUUGCUCAGGGUUAGCUUCAGUUGUGUGGAAUAUUCAAAUGACAUGUUUUACAGUAAAGGUCCUGUGGAAUGGAAUUUCAAAGUGUUUGUAUUGUUGAAGUUGUGUAUUCUCUACCUUACUCUUGGUAUUUGUGAAUAUUUGAUGCUGAGAUGAGGUUAACCCUGAGUAAAUGAGUCUGUAAUCAAGGAACACAGUAUUUUACAACAUUUGGAAAAGGAAUAUUUGUAAAACAUCGUAAUGAUUGAAGAUAGCUUAUUGCUUCAUUUUAUGCUAACGAUGGGCCAUGGGCCUUGAAGCACAGUUAUUAAGAUCAUUAAUGGUGAAAGAAACAAAUUCAUUGCAGAUAUGAAGAAAACCAACCAACAAGGAAAUUUAAGAUCAUUUAAGAUAUUGCAAUUAUUACUGUAUGCAAAACAUGAUUUGAUUCUCACAUCACUUGGUAGACCAUAGGUGUGUAUUUUGAUCUUCAGCAAACUAUUCUUCAUAUUUAUACUGCGACUGCCAYAAGAAAAUCCUCAAAAUCUUGCCGAAACUUUUUUAUUUCAUGUCACUGCAAAGAGAGUUAAGUUAAAUCGUUUGUAUUAUAUUCCAAAGAAUAAAAGAAAAUAUAUGUUGUCCUCAAA